AUGCCUGACCCGAGAACGCCUGACUUGAGAACACCUGAUCCGAGAACGCCUGACCCGAGAAUGCCUGACCCGAGAACGCCUAAUCAGAGAACGCCUGACCCGAGAAUGCCUGACCCGAGAACGCCUAAUCAGAGAACGCCUGACCCGAGAAUGCCUGACCCGAGAACGCCUAAUCAGAGAACGCCUGACCCGAGAAUGCCUGACCCGAGAACGCCUAAUCAGAGAACGCCUGACCCGAGAAUGCCUGACCCGAGAACGCCUAAUCAGAGAACGCCUGACCCGAGAAUGCCUGACCCGAGAACGCCUAAUCAGAGAACGCCUGACCCGAGAAUGCCUGACCCGAGAACGCCUAAUCAGAGAACGCCUGACCCGAGAAUGCCUGACCCGAGAACGCCUAAUCAGAGAACGCCUGACCCGAGAAUGCCUGACCCGAGAACGCCUAAUCAGAGAACGCCUGACCCGAGAAUGCCUGACCCGAGAACGCCUAAUCAGAGAACGCCUGAAUAA